CCGAUGCCGAAGAUCUGAUGGAUUUGUUGUCAUUAAGGGUUAAAUGGACUGUAUUGACUUUUUUAACUCUGUCGAGUAUACCUUGUCUACAUACAGCAACUAAUGAAAACAAUAUUGCACCUACUUCAACUUCAUCAGAACAAUAUACCACUGUGAAAGCAGGAGCUUCACCUCAGGUACAGAUAAAUGUUACUACUCCAAAGUCUAUCGAACCCUCUUCAGAAGACCAAAUUUCUUCUAGAAAUCAGAACGAGUUCUGCCCUGAUGGUGUCGAGUGUCAUAAACUAGGAGCAGAAUGUAUUGAAUGUAACCUCAACACUAAUUGCCAGUAUGGAAAUAAAGAAACAGCACAAUGCACUGUGAAGAGUGAAAUAAAUUGUACAGGGAAGAAGACCUUCAACCUUCAGUAUGAAUGCAAGUACUGUUACCAAUUGGACCCUUCGCUCUACACCUGUAAUUCUUCUUCCACCUGUACAGUUGUUACAGCACCCAGUCAGACAUUUAUCGCCAAGUGUCAGGUGAAGAGUGAAGUUAUCUGCUUGGGUAAAAGACAAUUUCACAAGUCUCUUCCCUGCAACUGGACAAGUGGAUACAAAUGGUCUACAGCUCUAUUACUAAGUGUGACACUUGGUGGAUUUGGUGUUGAUCGCUUCUAUCUUGGACUUUGGAGAGAAGGGAUCGGUAAAUUAUUUAGCUUUGGUGGUCUUGGUGUAUGGACCCUUGUGGACGUAAUUCUUAUUGCCAUUGGUUAUGUAGGCCCUUCAGAUGGAUCACUCUACAUAUGACAAUAUGGUGGACCAAAAUUUCAAACUUGAUGCUAAAAUGGCUCUUUGAAAAAUUAUCCCACAUUCUACAAAUGUGAUUUAAGGAUUUUAGGAUACCAGUGAGUUAUAUGCUACAUAGGGGUACAAGGCUAUUCAAAUCCAUUCGUCUUCUUCUUCCACAAAACUUUUUAUUUUUAUUUGCCCAAAGCUGUGAUCUCCAUAAGAUGAUGUUUUGCAUGAUUUUUUCAUUGUUGUGUACAUUUUUGGGAAGGUAUAUGUAAAGUGUGAAAAGUCAUUGAAUUGGUGAAGACUGACUGUCUUUGAUGUCUGAAGUAAUUGACAAUAAUGUCUAUAUUUAAACAAUCAUAUCAAAAGAUAAUUUCCUGAUGAUGAGAUUUUUCUGGUUGCUUCUGACUGGUCAGAUUUACUGACUGAUCUAUAUAGCUACUGAAAAAUGUGAGUAAAUGGUUAAUAGUUACGAGAGAAUGGAGCUACUACUAUAAUUGUUUUUUAUAGUGUUUAUGAAUGAUUAGAAUUGUGUUGAAAAUGUAAGAGGAAUAUCAUAACCUUAAUAAAGUUUGUCAUGUUUAUUAA